AUGUCUUCGUUGUCAAUAAACGAGACUCAGUUGCGUGCCUAUUUGACCCAGUGGAUUACUACCGCCGACAGCCCUAGCUACUUCGAGACAGUAGGGAUCCCUCCCGAAAUAGGAUACCGGGUGGCGAGAAGCCUCUGCGAUGACGGCGAUGUUGAAAACUGCAAUCCGAAUGUUACAUUCAAUCCUACUGUCGGUCGGCUAUCUAUCAGAAUGUCCUCAAACCCGCGAGCGAGUGUGCCCUGCUGGGUGCUAUAUGAGGAGCUUCGAGCAGUCAGGUCGGGCGUUUUCUCCCGGGCCGAGUUAGAGGAUUUCGAUAUCUUUUUCAAUGGCGAUAUCUGGCUGCAGUGUGGGGCCCCACACGUCAAUGCUGUGCUCUUGGUGAUGUGGCAUGAUGAACGCGAUAAGGAGGUCGCCGGAUCCCUAGAAAUACAUUGCAGGGAUGGUACCGUCUCUCCUCGAGUUCAAAUCUUUCCGGUUCCUCCAUCACAAACCUCCGCCCAAACCGUGACUUGGUAUCGGAAAGACUUUUACCCUGGGGGAGUAGUGCCUGACGGACGAAACCCAAAUGAUGUUUGGAAUUGGAAUCUGGACAAACUCCGGUACAUGGCGACUCGCUCCAUGGCUAUCCAGGGGCUCAGGCCGGCAGAAGCACUAUCUUGA